AAAGGAAAUCAUCAUCGGUUUUCUUAUUCUGCUUUCUUUUCUCGUCGUUGCUAAACGCCAUGACUAUGAGUAACAGUAUUGGGCAAUUAGGUGACACAACUUUAACCAAAGUUUUCGUUGGCGGCUUAGCUUGGGAGACUCCCGGAGAUGCCAUGAAAGAGCACUUCGAGAAGUACGGUGAGAUCCUUGAAGCCGUCAUUAUUUCCGAUAAACUCACCGGCAGAUCCAAGGGUUAUGGAUUCGUUACAUUUAAGGAUGCUGAAGCAGCUAAGCAAGCUUGUGAGGAUCCGAACCCUAUCAUCAACGGCCGCCGCGCCAACUGCAACCUCGCCUCUCUUUGUGCUCGCCGCCCGAGGUCCACCUCGGGCUCCGCUGCUCAUCCACCACAACAAGGAUCAAACGUUGGACCGAGGGCCACGUCAGCUGCACCUGCUAAUCACUUGCAGUGGUAUUACCCAGCAGUGGGGACACCGGCGUCACACUUUCAUCAUCAUCAAGCCGUUCCUUUCUAUAGUUACUCUCCCACGUACAUUGCCACUGAUAUGAGCUACAAUCAUAAGCUAAGCUACAAUGGAGGAUCCUACAUGAAUGGACAUUUCUCCCAAGUGUAUCCAGCAGGGCAGGCUAUUGCAGGUGCAAACACAUUGAUGCCAAUGUACCCAUUCUACCAUUAUCAUCAAUCACAAACAAUGGGGUUACCGGCAUCAGCCACACACAUCUUCUCCUCAACAACGGCUGGGCCCAUCACCACAAUUCCAACCGCCGCCGCCAUCAUCUCUAAACCUGCUGCUGCUAUUGCUCCUAAUUCAGGUACAGUUGGAAGAGGUGAAAGCUUGAAGAAGAUUGGCUAAAGGGGGAACCUUUGGAAGUUGGAAA